AUGCCUCCUGGUGCGCGUAGAGAAGAGAUACGGGACUACUCAAAGCAAUGCGCGGGCAUCCCGUGGGACGAGGUGCACAUCCACUCGGACGAUGGUACAAAGCUGGUACUUGCCGUUGCCUUUCCUCCCUGCCGGACCGAUGCGGCCAGACCAGAAAAGCACGUGUAUGUGCUUUAUAUGCAAGGGAAUGCAGCCUCGACCCCGCCACGCCUCCCAGCCCUCUCGGCAGUACUCCAACAGAUUCGAAAUGCAUCCGGAGACCAAGCACUGAUCACAAUGGUCGCUGUCGGCUAUCGGGGCUUUUGGAAAUCACAAGGUCGCGCAACCGAGAGGGGCAUCAACGACGACACCCUGACGGCCGUACGAUGGGUUGUGGAUCUUCACACCAAGAAUCAUGGUACCACCAAGGAAAGACCAGUUGUGAUUCUUUGGGGACAAAGCAUCGGCGCUGGGUUCGCUACCAAUUUGGCUUCCAGGCUGAUAACAAGCACUGGGAGGGAAAGCACAGCAAGAGUUGACUCGCUCAUCCUCGAGACCCCAUUCACAUCCAUACGAGCCAUGCUUGAAGCAUUGUACCCGCAAAAAUGGUUGCCUUAUCGUCAUCUCUGGCCAUUCUUGCGUACUCACCUUGACAGCUGUGCUAACAUGGAAAAAAUCGCCACACGCAAGAGCAUGCAAAUUCAAAUGGUGGUGGCCGAAAAGGAUGAAUUGGUCCCGCGCCACCAGGCUGAGGCAUUGCGACAGCGCUGUGAAAGUCUUGGUAUCUCACUCAAGUACCACGUUGUCCGUGGGGCUUACCACAAUGAAGCAAGCUAUCGGAAUGACGGUCGUCGAGCGAUAGCGGAUUUUGUGUUGGAACAGUCAAAGAGAAAUUGA